AUUGGGUACAAGAGUUGGAUGCCAACACGAAUGGAGUCGUCUUCGUUUUCUCUCCUUGAAAAGAUUUACAAAUGUGGGAAGAAGAAAGACGAAGAAACAAAGCUUGACCUUUGACCGACCAUGGGGAAGAAAAAGAUUAAGUCUUGGUUCACUGGACCAUACGAUGAGAAGGAGGGAAUGCGAAUGAAUGAGAAAGAUGUCGAGCAUUUCUCUAUCAAUGACGGCAGCCAUUUUAGUAUCACCGGUGAAAUUCUCCCUUCUCUAGGUGCCACUGGUAGUAUUCGUCGCAUUAGUGUAAGCUACUUUGUUAUCUCCCCCUUCGAUCCUCGUUAUAGGAGCUGGGAGACAUUCCUUGUCUUUUUGGUUUUCUACACAGCAUGGGUGUCUCCAUUUGAAUUCGGCUUCCUAUCUCAUCCGAGUGGGGUGCUCACCAUCACCGACAACGUCGUAAAUGCCAUUUUCUUUGUCGACAUUGUGUUGACCUUCUUCGUUGCUUACCUUGACAAAACCUCUUACCUUCUUAUCGAUUCGAAGAAGAAGAUUGCUUUGAGGUACAUCAAGACUUGGUUCCUCUUCGAUCUCAUCUCCACAAUUCCAUCUGAGAUCGUUCGUGUGAUCUUGCCUGAUAACCUUCAAUCCUAUGGCUACGUUAGUAUGCUCCGCCUCUGGCGUCUCCGGCGAGUCGGUCAAUUCUUUGCAAGAUUGGAGAAAGAUAAGAACUACAGCUAUUUCUGGACUCGUUGUGCCAGGCUUGUUUCUGUUACACUUUUUGUACUUCAUCUGGCUUCAUGUUUCUUCUACCGUAUAGCUGCGCAUUACUACGACCCCACAAAGACGUGGAUUGGCUCAGUUUGGGAAGAUUUUAAAACAGAGUCAUUGUAUGUUCGAUAUAUAAAGUCCCUAUAUUGGGCUAUAACAACAAUGAGUACAGUUGGAUAUGGUGACUUGCAUGCUGUGAACCCCGAUGAAAUGACGUUCGACGUUAUGUAUAUGUUGUUUAAUCUUGGGUUGACCUCCUACAUUAUUGGAAAUAUGACCAAUUUGGUGGUGCAUGCAGCCACUCGCACCAGACAAUUUAGAGAUACAAUUCAUGCUGCUUCAAGUUUUGCACAAAGAAAUCAUUUACCCGUUCGACUGCAAGAUCAAAUGAUUUCUCAUUUGAGUUUGAAGUACAGAACGGAUUCAGAGGGACUACAUCAACAAGAAGCCAUUGAUUCACUUCCUAAAGCCAUUCGUUCUAGUAUUUCAAACUAUUUAUUUUACUCACUCGUGGAUAGGGUGUACUUGUUUCAUGGUGUUUCAAAUGACUUACUUUUCCAAUUGGUCUCAGAAAUGAAGGCUGAGUACUUUCCUCCCAAAGAAGAUGUAAUUUUACAGAAUGAAGCACCCACAGACAUGUAUUUUUUGGUUUCUGGUGCUGUGGAGCUUAUUGUGCAUAAGAAUGCCAUAGAACAUGUUGUUGGUGAGGCAAGGACUGGUGAUGUGGUUGGUGAGAUUGGUGUGUUAUGCUACAGGCCACAAUUGUUCACAGUUCGAACAAAAAGACUAAGUCAGCUUUUGCGCCUGAAUCGAACUGCCUUUUUAAAUCUUAUUCAAGCUAAUGUUGGAGAUGGGACCAUAAUUAUGAAUAAUGUUCUUCAGCAUUUGAAGGAAAAGGAUGAUCCAAUCAUGCAAGAAAUUUUAUCAGAGACAGAGCACAUGUUGGCACAAGGAAGAAUGGAUUUGCCUCUUACAUUAUGUUUCGCAGCUACGAGAGGGGAUGAUCUAUUGUUGAACCAAAUAUUAAAGCGCGGUUCCGAUCCAAAUGAGGCUGAGAAUGGUGCACGAACUGCAAUGCAUAUUGCUGCUUCAAGUGGUAACGAGCAUUGUGUGGCCUUACUUUUGGAAUAUGGAGCAGAUCCUAACAGAAAAGAUUCAGAAGGCAAUGUUCCAUUGUGGGAUGCAAUGCUUGGGAAGCACGAAUCUGUGAUCAAGCUUCUAAAGGAUAACGGUGCUACACUUUCUUCAGGUGAUACUGGUCAGUUUGCAUUCACUGCAAUUGAGCAAAACAACCUGGAUUUGCUAAAGAAAAUCGUUAUUUACGGUGGGGAUGUAACAAAACCAACAAGCACCGGAACCACAGCUCUUCACGCAGCGAUAUCUGAAGAAAACAUCGACAUCGUUAAGUUCCUUCUAGACGAAGGAGCAGACAUUGACAUGCCAGAUUCUAAUGGAUGGACUGCGAGGGCUUUGGCAGAUCAUCAAGGCCACGAUGAGAUCAAAAUUUUGUUCCAAAAUAGGAAAGAAGUAAAAAAGAUACCAAAGACAAAGGUUCCCACCAUUAGUCAAACAUCAAAGCUAGGAGGUACUAUUAGUAGUAGCAGUACUCCAACUUAUACUGUUACUGGGAAGAAGCGAAUUGCCAAGUAUAGUAGUGAGCCCAUGAUAGCUCCCUACGAUGCAUCAGUAGAUUAUUCUCCUCGAUGCGUCAUGCCCGUAGUACCUGAAAGCACAUGGACCGACAGUUCCAGAAGGAGAAGAGUUAACACUUUCAGGAAUUCGCUCUUUGGAAUAAUGUCAGCAGCUAAUACUGGUGACAUAGAUGUCUCUAGAGGCAGCUUUUCUGGGUUUCCAAGCUCAUCAAGUGGCCCUCCAGCGCGUGUGACGAUUAGUUGCCCGGAGAAAGGUGAUGUUAGUGGGAAGUUAGUCUUGCUGCCAAAGUCAGUUGAGGAAAUUUUGGAGAUUGGAGGAAAGAAAUAUGGUUUCAGCCCAUCGAAAAUCUUGAAUAAAGAAGGAGCUGAAAUUGAGGAUGUAGAUUUGAUUAGAGAUGGCGACCACAUCAUUGUCGCUAGUAAAUUGAUUUUGUGAUUAGAAAUCAGUUGGCAACUAGAUAGGAUAGAACUAAUGGCUAAUAUUCACAAACAUUUUGGGGUUGGAUAUUGAUUAGAUAAUGAUUUAUAUUAUUGUAACAAUAAAAAUUUGGUGGGGAUGGAAAGUGGAAAGAGAGACAGAAGCAGCCAGAAGACUUGAGUUGGAAAUGAUAAGAAGUAAUAGUGAGAUCAUUUUACUACUGAACAACUCGGUUAGGAUGAUGAUGGGAUCGGGCAUAAACACUUGUUUACAAUACGAGAU